CUCAUUUCCGAUUUUAGAUCUUCGAUCGCCUUGAGUUUUGUUGUUGACACACACUCCACUCCAGAGGUCAAAUUCGACUGCACCCGUGUGGAGAAUUAAAAGGAAAAUAAUUGUUUGUGCCGUUAUUGUUGAUGCUGUGAGUACUGUGCUACAGAUAAAAAGGCGACUCCUAUGAUCUGAAAGGUUGUCUGUUAACAGAGUUUGUAGUGUUGGCACAUAGUUAUUAAAAAUACUGGAAAAUCAUAUAUAUAUAGAAUACUGUUAUGCAAUAUUUUAUCUGAGGGUAGAACAGUUCAGGUGUUUUGAAUGCCGCUUACUAGGCAAGGCAAUUUCUAAAGAGUUUUUUUGUUGACGUGGCUAAUAAUUGACCGCUGCCAUGACUUCCGUCUGGAAACGUCUGCAGCGAGUUGGGAAGCGUGCGGCAAAGUUCAAGUUCACUUGUUCCUUCCAUGAAUUACAACUCAAAGCCACAAAGAAAUGGCAACCAAACAAACUAACUGUUGUGUGGACAAGAAGAGGGAGAAAAAAACCUACAAAAUUACAUCAAUGGGUACCUGGUAUUAAAGAUCCAUAUAGAGGCUCCAUUGUAUGGACAGUUCCUGAAAAUGUUGAAAUCACUGUCACUCUUUUCAAGGAAAAUCGGCCAGAUGCAGAAUUUGAAGACAAGGAAUGGAUGUUUGUCAUCGAAGAUGAGUCACAGAAAGGGAAGAGGCGACCUCUGGCACAAGCCACCCUGAACAUGAAAGACUUUGCCAGCUUGGUUCCAUCUCAGGAGCAGAAGACCAUUAAGCUGCGACCGAUAAACAGCAAGAAAUGCAAUGAUGCUAGCAUCACAUUUACAAUGUCAUGUAUGCUAAUCAAGGAAGGAUCUGCAAUGGAUGAUGACAUGCAGAGUUUAGCCAGUAUAUUGAGUUUUCACCAACCAGACAUCGCGGACAUGGCCGAUUUUGAUGACGAGGAUGAUGAUGAUGAAAUCACCGAUAAAGAAUCGGCAUUGAAAAUUUCAGAAAUAGCCAACUCAAUUAAUCUAUUAUCAGAACUGGAGGAUGAGAACCUGAAUCCGGUAGACGAUAGCGCAGAUGAAUUUGGCUCAGGACUAAGACAUAAGCGGCGGAGUCUUCUAACCUUUGCAAAGUACAAAGGUUCCAAGAAAGAUGGCUACUUUGAUGAUGACUUUACAACAGAGUUUGAUGAUCCACUAGAAGCACUAGAAACUUGCAAUGGAGAGGAUAAAGUUGAAGACAGUAAUGGAGAUAACAGCACAACUCCAGAGGACCAGGAUUUAGACACUAAAGAAACAAAGCAAACCCACCACAGCCCUGACAUUCAACAAUUGUUAACACCAACGGAAGCAAGACCCAGAUAUAGGAAAAGAAAAGAUUCACCCCCAGCUGGGGGUAGUCUGGAUGUCAUUCAUCCAGAACCUAAACUACAACUUGAACUUACAAAACAACCAGUCUCUUUUAGUAGUCAAAUUGAAAAACCACCUCAACAAGUAAUCAGUCAAGUAUCAGAGCCACCUCGAAAGGUUAGUAAAGGCAAGAAGUCUGCCCCCAGCCAAGAGCUGCUAGAAUGGUGUAGAAAUGCGACCAAGGAUUAUAAAGGUGUGAAAAUUACAAAUUUGACAACUUCAUGGCGAAAUGGAAUGGCUUUCUGUGCUAUACUGCAUCAUUUUCAUCCAGAACUCAUCGAUUUUGAAUCUCUAUCUCCUCACGACAUUAAAGGCAAUUGUAAAAAGGCAUUUGAUUCUGCCGCAUCAAUAGGAAUUCCUAAGCUAAUGGAACCGCAAGACAUGGUGUUACGCUCUGUCCCUGACAAAUUAGCUGUAACCACCUACUUGUUUCAAAUGCGUGCUCAUUUUACGGGACAAGAAAUGCAAGUGCGAAGUAUAGGAGAUACUUCAAGAAAGAGUACGUACAUUGUGGGCAAAUUUAGCACGGAUAAUGAAGGGAAGAUAACCGAAAACGUUUUUGAACAGGAGGCGCGGAACUUGCAGGAUAUAACUAUACCUGAAACGCCUGCAACUCCUGGAACACCAGAUUCCAAUGGAAUUAGUCCCAACGAAAAUCAUGUGAAAAAAUUAAGCACAAGUGGCUCACCCGACUCAGAAAACGAGGCAAUUGAAAAGGAUAAUCAUGGAAACCAAAGCAUUGUUGAAAGGAAAAUAUCGCGUAAUAACCAUAGUCGUAAAAUAAUUAAGCAAGGCUCUAGGGACAAAAUAAAGGCAGAUCCCACUGUAGAUAAGUUAGCUACAACACUAGAGGAUAGUAACCAGGAAGAAAAAACAGAUAUUGAAAGAACUAGUGAAAAUAAUGACAAGGAGAAUGUUGAUAAAGAAGUAAAGGAGGAAAUACCGGAAAUUGAAGACAAACAAGAAGAAAAUGAAGAAGAUAUACCAGAGCAAAACUUAUCACGAAGGGAGCAAUUACAAUUACGGGCUCGGAAGUUACUGGAACAAGCCCGUAAGGAGGCAAAUGCGAAGAUUAUCCGCAACAACGAUGGAGCCUUGAAGACUCCUGAUGAAGACCCUGCUGAUGCUGAAUCCAUACGGAAGGCUAAUCUAAAACAGCGAGCAAAACAACUGAUUGCGGAUACGAGGAAAAACCUAAACCGACCGGAGUCUCCACAUAUAGAGGAGAUCACAGCCAGUGGAAACUCUCUAGGUUCUCGUUACAAGGUGUUUCAAUUCGGUGUAAGGCAGAACCCAGGUGGGUUACCUCAAAAAGUGGCACCGACAAAGAAAACGUCCUUACAGUCUUUCACUGAUCUCAUAGCUCCUCCUAAACCCAAACCAGAAACCGCAGGAGAACAAGAAUCGGAAGAUACAGAAUCGACCAAAGAUGAUAAUGAAAAGGACUCGCAGAAGUCUGAGGAAGUGGUUGGGAUAUCAGUGGUUGAAGGAGAGAUUCCCUGGGAACAGCAGGAAGGUAGUGAUUACAUAAUGGGCGAGUAUGCAGCGCUCGAGAGGGAACAAAAAGGCCUGGAUCACCGAGCAGGGAUCGUGGAGAAGGCCCUCAGAAAAGCUAUGGAAGGAGGUACCGAUGACGAAGGCCAACUGAUGCAGGAGUGGUUUGAACUCGUCAAUAAAAAGAACGCUUUGAUUCGCCGCCAAGAUGAACUCAAUACCAUGGAGAAGGAACAUGACCUUGAGCGAAGAUUUGAGAUGCUGAAUCGAGAACUGCGUAACAUGAUGUCUAUUGAAGAAUGUCAGAAAUCAGAAGCAGAGAAGCGACGCGAAGAAUUGCUUCUAGAGGAGCUUGUUAUUAUUGUAGAUAAACGAAAUGAUCUUGUUCAACAGCUUGAUGAGCAGGAAAGAGAGGCUGAAGAGGAACAGGAGCAUAUACAGAAUAUUUUUCAGAGGAAGAGUCUACCGUUAAGCAACAAGGACUCAUGCGUGCUGCAGUGAAUAUGUCCUCUAGCAAAAACUGCUAAAUGAUACCAUAACAACGAAUAAACGCUACUCUUUGUGUUUCUAUAUGUAACUCAACUGGUAGCUUUGAUUUAGUGUUGUUAGUCAGUUGUAGAUCAAAUGGAAGUAUGAUUGCAUCCACUUCCAUUGUUUUGGCUGAUGACAAAUUAUAAAAUAACACAAAAAAAAUUUACUUUUGCUUUUAAAAAGUAAGUUUUUAAAAGCUUAUAAGAUUUCCACCUUAACAAUUUGUUGUACACAUAAAGUUGUGUAUAUAUAGAAAAACUAGAAAGUGAAUUUCUUAUACAACAUGUAAAUUCAUGUUGCAUGUUACAUACAUGUAACUACAUGGCGUUUCGUCACCAGUGCCGCCCCUACUUGAAUGGUUUGCUGGUGUCGAAUCAUUGCCCAUGUCAGCACUGUGGUGAGGUUGGGUGUGCUCUAUAGUUCUACUAAGGAUCUAUUGCAUUCAUCUGUUUGAUGGUGUACCUCAGAAAUGGCUAUCAAUUAAUAUAUACCGUAUUUAUUCGAAUAAAAGCCCCAUUUUGAAUAAACGCCUUCCACAAAUAAACGCCCUGAGAUGUUAUACACUUUCAAAGGCGCAGUUAAAAUAAAUAUAUUCUAUAUUGAAUAUAUAAUUUUGAGAAAUAUCAAUAUUGUAUUAUAUUAUAAUAUUACAAUUAUUUUUUUAUCUUAAUUUCCUUUAAAUAAUAAUAUAUACCUUUUUUUCUUGUACAAUUUUGUCUUUACCACUAUCAUUGGUACCUUGAUGCAUUUUCCUGAAAUUUGAUUUAGAAGUAACUUGAGUAACUAUUCAGUUAAAAUUACAUUUUGGUUAUUGGAAUGUACAUAUUUAUUCUAUAUUUUAUUUACAAUUUUGAUUGAGAUUAAUUUAACAAAUUUCUUUUAAAUGUAAUUAUCUUUGCUUUGGUCUUCGGUAUCAUUAACAUAUAAAUCUUGUAUUAAAUACAAUUUUACUUCAUUAUAGAAAAUUAUUUAUUUAAAUUACAUUUUGCCUAGAAAUAUUGAGGUUUUGUGUUAUAGUAACAAAGAUGGCGCCAUUGAUGUAUUGAUUGACUGUGAAUUCAUAUAGACAAUUUUGUAUAUGUUACUAAAUAUUUUGAAAGUAGUCAAUGAAAAAAAAUCUUCUGUUUUCACAAACACUGUUAAAGCUCUACUUCCAAGUUCUACAUAUCUAAUAAUAACAAUACAGAAAGUUGUAAUGCAAUUUCUGCCAAGAGAUGCAAAUAUAUUUUUAAUGUUUUAGGUUUAUAUUGAUUGCUAGGAGCAGCAUAUCGUUUUUAUUUUUUCUUUUCCCUUUAAUUCAUUUUCUAACACCCUUUCUGCUUUGCAUCAAACUGUCGUUUUUAUCCCUGGUGCUUAGACCUGGUGACAAAUUGGUUUGUUGGACAUUUUAUAAUCCAAUAAAUUGAUCUAUUUUCACAGGUAACAUUAUUGUGCCUUCUUUAAUGCAUCACCUUUGAGCUGUGCAUUAUAUCUUAUUAACAUUCAGUAAUUCCUUUAUUUUUAACUUUGUAUAUACAGCUGUAAUCAAAACAUAAUGAUAUUAAUGAGAAAAUUACUGACAAGGUUUCUUGUUUUAUCAUGAUUGUUUAUUAUUAUUAUUAUUAUUAUUAUUAUUAUUAUUAUUAUUAUUAUUAUUAUUAUUAUUGUUAUUAUUAUUAUUAUUAUUUUUGUUAUUUAUUAUUGAAAUAAUAAAUAUUAUUGGUAUUUAUAUCAUUGAUCUUAUUAGGCCUAUAGUACUACUAUGGCUACUGGGCCUACAGUACUUGUAUAUUCGUUCAGUUUCAUGGUGUGGGUCAUUUAUUAGUUUGUUUCAUUAUUUACUUUGGACCCCACCUGUAAACAUCCUGUAACUCUCUAGUCUGUGAUUGGAUGCCAUAAAGCAUGUUGCUAAAGGUUACAUCUACGUUAAGGGCUCAGAAGCUGCUUGGCAGUGUGCAGUCACAUGACUAAAACGUGAACCUCUCCGCUAAGCCCUGCGACUUGUAUAUUGUUUCUAAGCUCACACAUAAAGAUAUUGUAAGCAUACACGAAGACGUGCGUUUGUGGGAUAAGCGCAUAUUCUUAGCGAUGUCCUGAUUGCUUAUUAGUUAAGUUUGAUUGGAACUCGGAAAACUUCCAUAGUGAUGGGAGACUAAAUUUAGGGAAAAACUUGGGUACAUAUCCAUUAACUGUAAUAUACGGUACAACUAAAUACAUAACAUAAUGACAGGUUAUCAUAUAAGAAACUUUUUGGGCCUAUAAUUAAAAAAACCUGUGUAUUUUAUCAUGGGUAUCAUAAAUCUUCUUGUGUAAUAUAUGAUGUUUAUUAAUUCAAUAUGCAUAUCAUGGUUAAUUUCAUGACUGAUUACUGACAAUAAUGUUAUUAUAACAUAAUAUACCAAAUGAAUAUUAGGCGUAUAUAUGUAUUGUUAAUGUAGGCCUAUCUCUGUGAUUUUGUAAUGGUAAAUUCUCCAUCUUGCCUAUAUUUACUCAUAACUCAAACUAUUUUGAUGAUAAUUUAUGUGAUUUCAUUUAUUAAAGGUAAAAUGUAAAUCCACUUUGUAAUAAUCUACCCAAGAAUCGACUGAAGGCGAUAAAUUUGUGUGAUAAUAGUAAGAUAUAAUAUUUGCAACAUUUUGUUAAAAAGCUCUACCUCGGUGCUUUUUCACAGAAUUACUGGAUGUAAAUUAAAUUCAAUACAAAAACGUAACAUGGGAAAAUAAGAUCUUAUAUGUAAAAUGUCAUUCUAUUUGAGUUUUUUAAGUUUGUAGUUUAGUGCAAAAAUCGUCCUAAGAGUAUUAUACAUUAAUGGUUUACCUAACAAAAUAUUGAUAUUUUAGGAAUGACAAUUUCAAAUGUGUGUUAAUCCGUAAAAUCUAUGUGUGCAAUUUAAGAGAAAACAAACUAAAGUACAACUUUAAGUAUAUAAUGUGGAGGUAUCUUUAAUUUUACUUUAUUGAACAAAUUGGUACAGUUUCACCUACGGGAGAAAACAUGCCAGUGUGUACAUUAUGAAUCUUAUUUAUUGUUUUAGUUGGUAGAAAGUGUGUGUUUUCCUUUUUGUGUAACAAUUCUUUUAUUAUGUUAAGGCCCAAAACAUAUUUUCAUGACUGACCAUUUUGUGCUGUUCACAAAUUCAACUUUAAUAACUACUUCCUAGAAAUCAGACGACGAGAGCAUGCGCGGUUGACUAUGUGCGUCUUAUGUUCCUCGGCAGUCUGUGGUGACCAAGUUAAUGGAGAAAAGUGCCGCAUUCGUCCUUUCGUUUUUGUUUUUGUUUUGUUUGUUUUUUUUUUAUUCUGUUCACGUCGCCUUUAGAACCCGACUGUGAGAGCAUUUAAAUUUACAUGCUCACACUAAAAUUAUAUUCAAAGACCAAGUUACACGUAGUUCUAUCGUACAGAAUCUGCAGUGUGGUACAAUUAAAAUGAGGCUGUAUUGUGCUGGUGCGAUACCAUUAUUUUUAUGAACUUUUCAUGAACUUAGUCUAGACAACACACUUUCCAAUAAUCCAUUAAUCAUAAUUAACCGGUACACUCCCGAUAUAUACCGACCACACGUCGUUAAGUCCAUUUAGAUAACCAUAGAGAAAAUAGAAUAUUUUCUCUAUGCAAUAACGUUAUCUUUAUUUAUUGGAAACAGUAAUUUCCACUAUUUGUUUUUGUAUUUAAGUUUAAAUCAUAUUAAGAAUCGGUAACUAUUGUAUUAACGAAUCGUAUAAUGGUUUUCCUGGUUUUAUUGUAACAUUAAAGGAGUGCACGAAACAGGCCAUGUACAUUAACAACAAAUAAAAAUAAUAGGCAUAAAAUUUAAA